UGUAAACAUUAUAAAUAUACAUUUCCUAAAGUAUUUACCAUAUCUUAAUCAAAUGUAUGUUAAAUGCUAUUUUUAUUAGGUUUUCCGCCAUAAACAGUUUGUUUGGAAUCAAACUGCUCUUCCCCCUCCAGCCGCUAGGUGGCGGAAGUCCCGGAUGCUAACCUCCUCCAAAAAAACAAGCAGAAGAAGUCCGUCAGCCUAUCCGAGUAUCUAUUUACUUCGAUUAGCGCCGCUCUCCAAAAUAAGUAGAAAAAGAAGAAGCGGCUAUGGUAAAGAUUUUUAUCGGGAAUCUUUCUCCUGAGACCGAGAAGGAGGAGAUUGAAGCUCUCUUCCGCGAGUAUGGCGCGGUCACGGAGUGCGCCAAGUACAGGAACUACGCGUUCGUCCACAUGGAUGACCGGAAGUGUGCCACCAAAGCCAUCCGCGAGCUCCACCUCCGCAGGGUGGGCGGCAGGGCCAUGAACGUGGAGCCCAGCAGGGGCAAGAACCCCCAGGGCGCCCUGAAGCUCCACGUCGUCAACGUGGAGAAGGGCUCUGAAAGUGAGCUGCGGGAGCUGUUCGAGGAGUACGGCAGCGUCACGGAGUGCGCCGUCAUCAAAAACUUUGCCUUCGUCCACAUGGCCAACUAUGAUGAGGGCAUGGACGCCCUCCAGGCCCUGGACAACAAGGACUUCCAAGGAAAGCGCAUUCAGGUCCGGGUGUCAAAGAGCAGACCCAGGGGGGCUCCGGAAGAGGAGGAGCACCUGCCGCCCCCUCCCAGAACGGGCUACUAUCCCCCUGCUCCUUAUCGACCCGAGCGGCCCGAGCCUCUCUAUAGAGGUCGCACAGGUUACCCUCCUCUUCCUCCUCCACCACCGCCCCCUCCUCCAGCGAGACAAGCCCCCUAUCCUGUCCCUGGCUACGGCGAGCGGAGUUCCUAUGGAUUGGUGGAUUUUUAUGAGAAAUACAGAGCCCGCCCGCUCGCCACAUCAGGCUACGAUGACCGGCGCUCCAUUCCUCCACCGCCGCCUCCCUCCGCGCUUGUCAGGGAACGUCUCGGAAUAGAGCGCCGGCCCCUCCCGCCGCCUCCAUCCUCUUUCAGAGACCGGAGCCCCAUCAAACGAGUCUUCCCUCCGCCCGCUCCGUCGCCCGGUAACGGGUACGCCUAUGAGCGGGCUCGGCUCUCCCCCAUCUCCAGGGUGCCGCUCUAUGCGACUCCUCGCCCCAGAGAUUCCUACGCCAACAGUGUACCGCCUCCCCCUCCGCCGCCGCCGUCCCGGUACGCAAGCUAUUAGACGGCACGCUGGUGACACCAGGUGAGAACGGCAAAACCUCAAUCAUAACACGCAUUUAUAUCAAAGUCUGAUCUCUGCUUCCAUCUGUCUUGACCGUCAACCAAAGCUCCCCAUAGCAGUGGAGCUGCUGCCAAACCCCAAUCAAGUCCAGUAAACGUUCCUGCUAGUGUCCUGAAAUGCUGCUGCUUUAGCUAACAAACGUCCACAAACCCUGUGAGAAAACCUCCUUGACAUGUGAUGUCUCUCUUCCCAGGUUUAGAAAAUGACCACAUCGUCGUCUGCUGAUGCACGUGGCAUCGUACACCCCCAUGUCUAUGGCGGAUCGCGUUGCGUUCGCAGGAAACUUACCGGGAGAAAUUGCAGGCGGCCGCGUUUCUUAAAACGCACGAUUCCAUGUGAUCGAUUUUCUUUUUUUCUCUCUGUUCUUCUGUUUUAUUCUGGGUGUUUUUCCGGAGCGAAUGUUGUUGGUUUUUGUUAUUUUCUGCCCCCGUGUGAGGCAUCAACUUCAUAACUUUGAGCCACUGGUUUUUCACAAUAAGAGAAUGUAUUCAAACUUCCAGAAAAAGCCUUUGUCAUCCGUAAAGGUUUUCCUCCACCUCAGUUAACAUCCAGCUCGCCUGUGUGUGCUGUUAUUUUCUAAAGUUCUGGUUUUGCGGGAAUCGAACCUGUGUGUCCUCACUUUCCAACUUCUUUUUAUUUUGAAGGCUUUUUCAAUAAAUGAAAGAAGUUUUUUUUAAAACUGAAGCUGCUCUUCGUUGCGUUUGACUCUUCUGUGCCGACUGGAUGAACUGCUGAGCGACGCGCUCGUCACGCCGUUCACGUGUGGUGACGGUUUUACAUCCUAAAUUAUUGUCUUACAUCUUCUGAAAAAAGGAAAUGUUUAUGUUUUUAAAUCCCUCUUGAUUGGACCACAGUUGAUGUGGCCUUCAGGGUCUCUGUUGGUUUGGUUUCCAGGUCCGAUCUAAUCCUAGUGGAUGAGUUUAAGUUCAAAUCAAAGACAAUUUUUGAGUUAAAAAUAAAAGUUUAGGAGUCAAAUCGAUUUAUUUAGAAGAAGCAGAAAUAUUCAUUUUUUAUUUUUUAAUCAGUUGAAAAACUAUUUCUGGUAGAGGGCAAAACAAACAUUUAAAUUAGUUUUUAAUGUUGGAAUUUGUCAUUUUUUAAGUCUCGAUGCCCAGUUGUGUCACUUUGUAGUCAAACCAAAACAUUUUUAGAAAUGACAAAACAUAAAAGUGACCUCAUGAGUUUAAGCCAUCAUCCUAACCGUAAGACGAGCGGCGUCUCCGAAACCGUGACGGAUGUGACUCCAUCUCCACAAACCACCUUAAAAUCCAGGAAACAGAAUUACACUUACAUUUAUUUGACCAGACUUCCUUCCAGUCGCUUUCAAAAGUGUUGCUCUGUCAAAAGAAAAUCCUCCGAACCCGUCAAACGGGAUCUCUGCUGAUUUCCCUCACAGCCGUCGGCUAACAGAGGCGGGACGCUGGCCGUCGGCUGAAAGGAUGAUGUCCUCCACGGUUCCCCGGCUCCUGCCGCCGUCUCCGCCUCAUGAGGGCCUUUUAGCCUGCGUUUGCAGUGGGGAGGGGGCUCUGAUUUCACAACAGCAGCUUCUCUCUGUGCAUCGUCCCACUUCUGCUUUCUCAUUUCUAAGCAGAAGGGCUGCAAAUCUUCCUCCUUGUCACCGUUUGUCGCUCGUGGACAUUUUGCUCCUAAGUUUCUUGUUUUCUUAGUAUUUGUGCUCUUCGUAGGUUUAGCGUUUAAACAGGAGAUGUCCGCUCAGGUUCAGUCCUCCUCUGAAGACGGCCUCCGUCUCCUAGCAACAAGGUAGCUCCUCCUCCAAGGAGGCGGGGUUUUGUGUGGAAGCUUCCAGCAUCACCUCCAACCACUGUGAAGUGAGCGAUGGAGACGGAAACGCCGCUGGUCGCUUCUGUUUCCCCUUAAACAUUAGGUUUGAUGGGUUGACAUCUGGUUUGAAGAAAGGAACAUUUCAGCUUUUGAGUUUAAGAAGAGAAGCUGGAGAGUUUAGGUUUAUGUCAAAAAUAGCAGGUGAGCUCCGCAGGAGCGGCUUCACAGCCUUUCUCUGCACAUUCCAAUGUUCCCGUUGAUGCAAACGGCUGAAAGUCUUUGAUGUCAAAUUUGAUCAAAAGGAUGAAAUGGGAUGAUGGAGCAAAACUGCCACCACUAUUACCCCGUCUCUCUUUCUGGAAACGGCCAACAUGAAAUGUGAACUAACCAGUAAAACAACCCUUAAGCACACAGGAAGAGGGAAUUUCUGUUUCAUUUCCUCGUACUGGCAUUGAAGAUGAAUAUUUUCGGUCUUUGCUGAUGUCAGCAGAAAUGUUCUUCGAAAGCUUGUUCUGAAUUUUUUGUCUUGUUUUUCCAAUUUGUAAAUAAACUAUUUUUUUUAAUA